AUGUCUGCAUCCAUGAACAUCGACUCGUCUGACGGACCAACAUCUACCUCUUCCGCCCCCGUUACGGCUGAAGCUUUGGCUGCUGUAGUUGCCGACGCCUUGAAGCAACAAGCGAGUCAAUUCGAAAGCAUCAUUGGAGACCUCCAGACUCAAGUCGGCAGCCUCACCGUCAAAAAAAAAUCAACCACCAAGAAGGCCACCCAGUCAACCGCUUCUACUCCUUCUCAGCGCCUCUCAACUCCUACGUCUCGUAAGGUGUCCAAGACCACCACCCCGUCUAAGUCUCCCAAAACGCCAAGGACGCCGACUCCUCGCAGGAAACAUCCGCUUCAAAUCAAAUCAGACGAAAUUGACCAAAAAUUCAAGACAACGAAGGACGCGCUCUAUGUCCAUAUCAAGAUGAUGUGGGGUCUCUACAAACAAAGCGACGUGCCUCCAACCCCCUGCGUCAACCUUCUCAGAGAAUUCUACUCAAAAUUCAACUCUUCAAACAAAAUGUCAAUUCUUUACAUGAGUAGUGUCCUUGCGAAGGUUGGUAUACGGGAGUGGGCACCGGACCUCGAUGAACCUCACGACUCUCUUUACAACUCAGCAUGCCGGAUUGUUUGUCUCAACACCUUUCGCCAACUCUUUGCGACUGGUACUUACAAUUACAUGAAUGUUUUGGGUGAUCAAGUCAAUGAAAUGUCUAAGAUGCUUGCGGCGUACAAUCAUUAUGUACAUUUCGUGAUGGCAGGAAGAUACAAGGCUGAAAAACAAGAGGUUGGUCGUGCUGCAAGGGCAACUGCAAGAAAAAAUAUCCAAAAGGCUCGGGAGAGGCUUAUGGAGGCUAGGACCUUGUGCGCAAAUAUCCUUGCACAUAGCGAUGACGAGCUUGACCCAGUCAAGAAUGUACGAACCAUCAAAACCCUUGCGUACCGCUCUAAGAACGCCAGCAAGUGGUUCCGUGCUCUUGAAGUGGAGAUGCAGAAGGAGGCUCAAAGUCUUUCAAACGGUAAGGGGACUACAAAGAUACCUCGCAAAUUACCCACAGUACCUGUCCCUUCUGAAUUCACCCGAGCUCCAACUGGCCUCCCAAUCGACUUCUACGACCGCAAGUGGUUCAAAAACCUUGCCCCUGGCCAAAGACGUCUCACAGCCGACGCUGAACAAGUUUGCUUUCUUCCGGAUGCCAGUCAAUCUCUUAUGUCAACCCGCCACCCCGAUGAACUCAUCUCCGACGAACGAUUCACCGCAAAAUACCUUGACUCAAAGUUACUGGCUUAUGACUUACCUGAUGAAAAAAACGACAACGAUGAUGAUGAUGAUGAAGAUGAAGACGAGUCAAUGGGAAGUGAAGAUGAACAAGUGGUAGAAGAUGAAGAUGAUGGAUUCUUUGAUGAUGGAGAUUAUGGUGAUUUGUAUGAUAGUGGUGAUGAGGAGGAAGAGUAA